AUGAACACUUUGAUGGAAGAUGAAUUCGGUAAGUACCAGUCCAUUUUUAGCCAAUAUAUCAAAAAUGGUAUUGAAGCAGAUAACAUAGAGGCUAUGUACAAGAAGGUACAUGCAGCCGUUCGUGCUGACCCCCCAAAAAACAAAUCUCAAAAGCGGCCUUCUAAAGAGCACAAGAGAUUCAACAUGAAGAAAUUGACAUACGAAGAGAGGAAGGCUAAGCUGAUUGAGAGGUUGAAUGGUCCCAAUGCUGUAGCGAAAAAUGAUGAUGAGGACGGGGAGGAUGAUGAGUGA